AUGAAGAGGAACAGAAAUCCUUCUCUACUCUUUUACCUGUCCUUGUUGGUGAUUGUCUUUGUCACCUUCUCUAUGAUUUCUGUGGAUGCAAGGAAGAUUAACGUCAACAAAAAACUUCACAAACGUCACAAAGAUAGUAACAAUGGCCACACUCGAGGCUCACAUCCUCCAUGUCCAGCGCCAGUUCCUCCUCCUCAUUAUGGUCCAUAUCCAACUCAAGUGAACACUUUUAAUGUUUUGUCUUUUGGUGCCAAGGGCAAUGGAAUUUCUGAUGAUUCAGAGGCACUUGUAGCUGCAUGGAAAGGUGCCUGCAAAGUUGCUGGUGCAACAGUUAAAAUUCCAUCACAACUAAAGUUCCUCAUCAAGCCUGUUACUUUACAAGGCCCUUGUAUGCCUGACCUUACUCUUGAGGUAGAUGGAACUCUAUUGGCUCCUCCUGAAGCAUCUUCCUGGCCAAAAUCCAGUUUGUUUCAGUGGAUAAAUUUCAAAUGGGUGCAGAACUUCACCCUCAAAGGCUCUGGCACUUUAGAUGGCCAAGGAUCUGACUGGUGGAGCUCCUCAAGAUUUUAUGAUAUGCAGAAGAGCUUUAAUCAAAUUCCAGACAUGAAGCCAACCGCUAUUAGAUUCUACUCCUGCAACCAUGUAAUAGUUCGUGAUAUCAGAAUCAUAAACAGUCCUCUGUGCCAUCUAAAAUUUGACAGCUCAAAGGGUAUUAAAGUUAAUAACAUUACAAUAUCUUCCCCUGAGAAUAGCCCAAAUACUGAUGGCAUUCACUUGCAAAACACACAGGACGUAGAAAUUCAACAUUCUGAUAUUGGAACUGGAGAUGACUGUGUAUCCAUCCAAACCGGUUGCUCUAAUAUUCAUAUCCACCACAUUAAUUGUGGUCCUGGACAUGGUAUCAGUUUAGGAGGACUAGGAAAAGACAAGAGUGUGGCUUGUGUCUCUGACAUUAUUGUUGAGGAUGUCUCAAUGAAAAAUACUCUAUACGGAGCAAGGAUCAAAACUUGGCAGGGAGGCAUUGGUAUGGUUAAAAAUGUGUCAUUUUCCAGAAUCCAAGUCUAUGAUGUUAUGUUUCCAAUAAUGAUAGAUCAAUACUAUUGUGACAAGCAUAUCUGCAAGAACCAGACAGGAACUGUGGUUAUUUCAGGUGUUAAGUUUGAUCAAAUAAGUGGGAGUUAUGCAGUGCAGCCUGUCCAUCUAGCUUGCAGCAACUCCAUACCCUGCACUGAUGUUGAUUUAACUGAUAUUCAAUUGAGGCCGUCCCUCAAAUAUCGAGGUUUGCAACAAGCCAUGUGUUGGAACUCUUAUGGAAAAUCACAAGGACCCUUGGUACCUUCAAGCAUUGAUUAUUGCUUGAGAAGUGGUGGUGGAUCAAUCAAGAGGAUAGCAAGGUCACAUGAUAAUGUGUGUUACUAA